CAAGCUCUGACGCCCCAGAUGGAGACGAGACGAGCAGCAUUGCCGCGCCACGGUGUACGCCAUCGCUAUCGAUGGAGAACAUCAGCAACACAGCUGAGCGCAACGCGACUGAGCGGAGGCUCACCAGGAGGAAACCCCGCAAGUCCAGGGGUCGGGGGCUCAGGACAACAACAGGCUGCUUGACAUGUCGGAAGAGACACAAGAAAUGCGACGAGAAGCUGCCGAUAUGUGGACCAUGCAGCGUCUCGAGGCGCGAAUGCACAUACCCGACCCCCGAUGCCCUCAGAAGGGCUGGGACCGGGACCUCACCGAGUGCGGACGGCGGACCGGAAGCAAGCCGACCUUGUAACUCGUCCAGCGCCGUAUCUGGUCAUGAUCCGGAGCGAGUCCUUGUCCCGCCGGGCACCCGCCCAUCCAUCGUUGCGGUCGGGGAAGAGGAACGGCCCAGGGCAGGACUAGCCGGUGGCCAGUCAGAGACUGCGGAAAGCUUGCCCCCCGUCACCAACUACCGGCCUCACGGUCGACAUGUGCAAUCAGAGUCGGAUCUCCUCGUUGUUGACCCCGGCUUACAUAUCCAAGCCCUGGCCAAUCAGCAUUCUCCGGCCUCGUCCGCUCCUGGGCUGUCGGGAGCGGGCCUGGGGUUGCCGGCGAGGGAAUCUCAUCAAGACUUCGCCUGCUCGCCGGCGGAAACAGCCUCGUCCAGCGAGCUGCUCGGCGCCGGCAUUGCCAGCACCCGAUGGCUCGACCUUCUCGCUGCCGACGCCGCCCAAGCAGACAGCACAUUUAGUCUUGUCCAGACUCCUGCGCCUUACGACUAUGGCGGGCCGAACCUCGAUGCUGCGGCUUCGAUACCGCAGACAUCUGCGGGAGAACUCCAAGAGCGCCUUGCUGAGCUGGCCAACGGCGAUGACCGUCAUAGGUGGCAGGCUCACUCGGAUAUACAACUGCAGCCUCAUGAAGUAACGCUCUUCCGCCUCUUUGCGGAGAAAUGUGCAUCGUGGUUGGAUGUCUUCGACCCACUUCAGCACUUCUCGACGUAUGUGACUCGCAUAGCCAUGCGCAACGAGGGCCUGAUGAAAGCCAUUCUGGCUCUGUCGGCUCGAUACGCCGCCGAGUCGCCAUCCCACGCAACUCCCGCCGUGAUGACCCCCGCCGGCCCGCCGGCGCACAUCAACCUGGCCAUGCAGUACUACUACGAGACGCUCCACUACGUCUCGACGGCGCUGCACCAGCAGAGCUACGCGCACUCCGAGGAGUUGCUGGCCACGGCGCUCGUCAUCUCCACGUACGAGAUGCUCGACGCGGCGCGGGCUGAUGGCCCAGGCAGUGACGGUGGCAGCAGCAGCAGCAGCAGCAGCAGCAGCACCGAGCCCGAGCGCGGCGGCCGCGCAGCGCUGUCCAACUGGCAGCGGCACCUCAAGGGCGUGUUCUGGAUCCAGCGCAGCCAGAACGUCAACGGCGCCUCGGGCGGGCUGCGCCAGGCGGUGUGGUGGGCGUGGCUGCAGCAGGACAUCUGGGCCGCCUUCCGCGAGCGCAGGCGGUGCUUCAGCUUCUGGACGUGGAAGACGCCCAUCCGGCAGGUGCCGCAGCACGACCUCCCCGCGCUGAGCAUGUACCUGCUCCGAGAAGCCGUCAACUACUGCGCCGACGACCCGACGACGACGGCCACCGGGGCUGACGGCGUCGUGCCCCGUGUGCUCGACGCCGACGCGCUGCGGAGGCGGGCUGAGCUCGGUGCCGAGCUCAUGGCCAAGCUGGACGAGUGGCAGGCUUGUCUGGGCAGCGACUUCAAGCCGCUUCCGUCGUCUGCGGCGACGGUCAGCGGGAAGUAUCCCUGCAGCGCCUGGGCGCCCAUCUGGGUUCACCCGCCGAGACUGGCCGUUGCGCUGCAGGCGCACAGCUUUGCGAGGAUCCUCGUGUGUCUGCACGAGCCGCCCACAAGCGGGUUCCACGGGUUCCUGCGCAAGAAGAGGAUCUUGGCCAACGAGGUUGCAACUAUAUGUGGUCUGGCGAUGGAGUUGACGGAUAAGGGAUGCCAGAUCGUGUCGGCGCAGUGCUUGUUUGGAGCUGGACUCUGCGUCGAAGAUAGGGCUCAGCAGGACACCAUAUUGUCGCUGAUUGAUGAAUGCGAGGCGCGAUGUGGCUGGCCAAUGUCGGGGCUGCGCGAAGACCUGCGCAAGGAAUGGAGUCGCGCGGUGGCUUAAGGAGUUCAUAUUUUCAUUAUUCUAAAUACAGGUACUCGGAUCCAUUUUUUUUUUCAUCCUCUCAUUCAGC